AUGGAAGCACAUGGAGUAGAGGAUCAAAUAGUUACAGAUUUCUACAUUGCUAUACAGAAAUUGGUGACUUGUAUGGUGAAAAAAAAUGAAUAUUCUAUCGGUAUUGAUUAUUUACUUAAAGGAUUGUCACUAAUAGAUGAAUAUUUACGCAAUAAUAACAAUGAUGAUAAUCAACAUCAGUAUCAACAAGAAAAAUAUGAUUUAUGUUACGCAGUUCGUUAUUAUUAUACUGUAUUGAAUGAUGAACAUACAAGUAUAAUUUAUUAUUUAAAAGCUAUAGAAAUUGAUAUGAAUUAUCCAAUUCAAGUAGAACAAUCUCUAACAACUGUUAAUAUGUAA